ACAGCAUAUCAUUAAACAAAUGUUCAGGGGAUAACAAAUUUUCACUGUCUUGUCAUUCUUCUCAUCUCCUAGACAAAGGAAACUCAGGAGAUGAGAAGAAAAUUUUGGUGGUUGUUUAUAAACUAUAAUAUAAUACACAUCAAAUCUUUGACACGAUACCAACUUGAAGAAGAAGAAGAAGCUGCAUUGAUCUUCCCAAAAGAUCCUCCAUGGUUCAAGGCAUGGAUGGUUCCUGUGAUGAUGCUUUUCGUUUUCUUUGUAUUUUCUAUUGUAGGAAUUUGUCGACGUUGUCGCAAUUGUCGCCGUGGUGAAAAUUCUCCCAGCAUUCAUCCUAUUAACUAAUUAUUUAAUUUAGAUUUUUUUUUUCCUUUUUGUUUUCUUUCUAUAAUAUGUAAAUCAUUGUUGGUGAAAUGUAAAAGUUUACAGUUUCACCAUAUCGAUUUCUUAUCGCUUUGAUCUAAUGAAAGCAGAAAAGAAUAAAUAUGUCAAAGAUUAAGGAUAAACAAAUGCAGAAAAGAAUGGUAUAUAUAAGAACAAUUAAGAAUGUGAACAGAAAAAAAUGUUAGUUUUUAAUCUACUUUGAAAUUCAGAAACAUG